GCUCUUGAUGUCCUCCUCAUCUCGGAUCUCUUAACGAUCUCAUUUCUAUGCCUCUCAUUCAGUCAAUAAAGGAGAACCGCCUCUCCGGCAGUUGCCAUGACAACGGAGAAACGAUCCCGGCGCAUUCCCUGUUGUCUCGCCCGCGGUUCCCAGGCAACAGCUACACAAAACCAGGAAAACAUCCGGAAAGGACCCUCGGUCGUCCUCCUGGACCGAACGUGGAAUAACUGCAGGACCUGUUUAUUCAUCAGGAUUCCUGGACGAUAUACUGGCAAAUAAAAAAACAAACAAACAAAAAACAUGACGACUUCUUCCUUUCCUGUGUUAGAUAACGCCGACCCACGUCUAAAGCUGAAGGUGGAGAACAGAAUAAGAAACAUUUUUGUCACACAACCGGAAGACUCCAGGCACAGAAAGGAGGAAAAUGUCAACUACAUACCUGUUGUGACAGAGUCUUCAGGCAGACUCCUUGAGGCAGGAGUGAACACUUUGCAAAAGACCCUGGUUCUGAAGAAACAGGCUGAGUUGGAGGAGGUGGACCGGCAACUUGCACACAAACGGCAAGAGUUUAAGAAAGGUGUGGAAACUCUAGCUGUGAGAAGGUCUGAACUGGAAAUGAAACAGCAGCAGACUAAAGAGAGGGUGAUGAAGUUUGAGAAGUUUGUGGCUGAAAAUGAAGUGAAGCGACGCAGAGCACUGAAGAAGUACGAGGCUGCACGGGAGCUGAACAUCGCGAAACAGAGAGAGAUAGAAGAUCUGACAGAACAGUUGAAGCAACUUCGAGCCAGACAGCAAGUUUUAAAGGAAAGAAUGGCAAAAUACAAAAUCUAUGAGGACUACCUGAUGGAAACACUACAUUAUUUCCCAAGCACUCACCUUGAUAAUGAGUCUGAAUCUCUGGUCAUGCCCAUCAUACGGCGCCACGAGACCCUGUCCAACACCCAUCGGGAGCUGCUGCAGCGUCUGGGCCGUCUGGAGAAGGAGGUGGAGCAUGGCCAGCGACAGCUGCACAUCAUGAAGCAGGAGCACAGUAUUAAAACACUGAUGGCCAACAAGGAACUGUCUGAACUCCAGAGUGAGUUGGAAACCCUCAAAGAGAAGAACAAGCAGGCAGAGAUGAACCUGAUGCUGGAGCAAGGUCUGUCCAGAGAGAAGGUUGAAGACGUGGGCUGUUUGCUUAUGGCCAUUAACAACCUUGCAGAGCAGUGUUACCUAGCAGCAUACGGACCUCUGGAAAACAUGAAUGUACUGACAAAGAUGGACAUGGUGAAGGAAUACAUCCUGGACAAGGCAGACACAGAGAGAAGAGCGAGGAGACUGAUGGAGUCGGGGUCUGCACUGACGAGCAGAGCAGCUCUAACAGACAAAAAAGAAAGGGGGUCAAUGAAAAGCAUCAGCAGUAAAAUACAAAUCAAAAGUCCCAGUAAAGUCAGUAGAAAGAGUGGGACAACGAGUUGAUGUAGAACUUUUACAACGAAUCAUGUUCUU